GGGAAGAGGUGCGAGCUGUCUGUCAGUGGAGAUUGCUGAGCUCGCCUUCCCGGCCGGUUUCCGAGUUGGGAACUCCGGCUGACUUUGCUCCAAAGCAAGGGCAGUAUCUGAACUCCCGGCGCUCCAGGAGCGGCCACUUUUGUAGAAGCACCUGAAAUGCAGGGCCUUGCGCACUAGCCUUAGCGGUGACGCCAGCCACAGCAACCGCGCCGGGGCCCUUUGUGGAAGCUCCAUCCCCUGCUCUUUGUGUCCGCCCAGACUCAGAGGCAGAUUAUCUUGGAAGAUCUAGGACUCCAAAAAUGUUUCCCUUGAAGGAUGCAGAAAUGGGUGCCUUUACCUUCUUUGCCUCAGCUCUGCCACAUGAUGUUUGUGGAAGCAAUGGACUUCCUCUUACACCAAAUUCCAUCAAAAUUUUAGGGCGAUUUCAAAUCCUUAAGACGAUCACCCAUCCCAGACUGUGUCAGUAUGUGGAUAUUUCUAGGGGAAAGCAUGAGAGACUGGUGGUGGUGGCUGAACACUGUGAACGGAGUCUAGAAGACUUGCUUCGAGAAAGGAAACCUGUGAGCUGUUCAAAGGUUUUAUGCAUAGCAUUUGAAGUACUUCAGGGCUUGCAGUAUAUGAAUAAACAUGGUAUUGUACACCGGGCACUGUCUCCUCGUAAUAUCCUUUUGGACCAAAAGGGACAUGUUAAAUUGGCUAAAUUUGGACUUUAUCACAUGACAGCUCAUGGUGAUGAUGUUGAUUUUCCAAUUGGAAAAUACUUAAUGAGCCCCUUCUCAUCUGAUGGCUGGAUACACAGAAAUGGGUAUCCGUCAUAUUUGGCACCUGAGGUAAUUGCACAAGGAAUUUUUAAAACCACUGAUCAUGUGUCAAAUGAAAAACCAUUGCCUUCUGGCCCGAAAUCAGAUGUUUGGUCUCUUGGAAUCAUUUUAUUUGAGCUUUGUGCGGGAAGAAAAUUAUUUCAGAGCUUGGAUAUUUCUGAAAGAGUAAAAUUUUUGCUUACAUUGGGUUGUGUAGAUGACACAAUAAUAGUUCUGGCCGAAGAGCAUGGUUGUUUGGACAUUAUAAAGGAGCUUCCUGAAAAUGUGAUAGAUCUUUUGAAGAACUGCCUCACUUUCCACCCUUCCAAGAGGCCAACCCCAGAUGAGUUAAUUCAGGACAAGGUAUUCAGUGAAGUGUCACCCUUAUACACCCCCUUUACCAAGCCUGUCCAUCUGUUUUCAUCUUCUCUGAGAUGUGCUGAUUUAACUCUGCCUGAGGAUAUCAGUCAGCUUUGUAAAGAUAUAAACAGUGAUUACCUGGCAGAAAGAUCUAUUGAAGAAGUAUAUUACCUUUGGUGUUUAGCUGGAGGUGACUUAGAGAAAGAGCUUGUCAACAAGGAAAUCAUUCGAUCCAAACCACCUGUCUGCACACUCCCCAAUUUUCUCUUUGAAGAUGGUGAAAGUUUUGGACAAGGUCGUGAUAGAAGCUCACUAUUAGAUGAUACCACUGUGACAUUGUCAUUAUGCCAGCUAAGAAAUAGAUUAAAAGAUGUUGGUGGAGAAGCAUUUUACCCACUACUUGAAGAUGACCAGUCUAAUUUACCUCAUUCAAACAGUAAUAAUGAGUUAUCUGCAGCCGCCACUCUCCCCUUAAUCAUCCGAGAGAGGGACACAGAGUACCAGCUAAACAGAAUCAUUCUCUUUGACAGGCUGCUAAAGGCUUAUCCAUAUAAAAAAAAUCAAAUAUGGAAAGAAGCAAGAGUUGAUAUUCCUCCUCUUAUGAGAGGUUUAACAUGGGCAGCUCUUCUGGGAGUUGAGGGGGCUAUUCAUGCCAAAUAUGAUGCAAUUGAUAAAGAUACUCCAAUUCCUACAGACAGACAGAUUGAAGUAGAUAUUCCUCGUUGUCAUCAGUAUGAUGAACUGUUAUCAUCACCAGAAGGUCAUGUAAAAUUUAGGCGUGUAUUAAAAGCCUGGGUAGUGUCCCAUCCUGAUCUUGUAUACUGGCAAGGUCUUGACUCACUUUGUGCUCCAUUCCUAUAUUUAAAUUUCAAUAAUGAAGCCUUGGCUUAUGCAUGUAUGUCUGCUUUUAUUCCCAAAUACCUAUAUAAUUUCUUCUUGAAGGACAACUCACAUGUCAUACAAGAAUAUUUGACUGUGUUCUCUCAGAUGAUUGCAUUCCAUGAUCCAGAGCUGAGCAAUCAUCUCAAUGAGAUUGGAUUUAUUCCAGAUCUGUAUGCCAUCCCUUGGUUUCUCACCAUGUUUACUCAUGUGUUUCCACUGCACAAAAUUUUCCACCUGUGGGAUACCUUACUACUUGGGAAUUCCUCUUUUCCCUUCUGUAUUGGUGUAGCAAUUCUUCAGCAGCUACGGGACCGGCUUUUGGCUAAUGGCUUUAAUGAGUGCAUUCUUCUCUUCUCUGAUUUACCAGAAAUUGACAUUGAACGCUGUGUGCGAGAAUCAAUCAACCUGUUCUGUUGGACUCCUAAAAGUGCUACUUACAGACAGCAUGCUCAAUCUCCAAAACCAACUUCUGAAAGCAGUGGAGUCAGGAAUUCAGCACCGUAUUUCUCCACUGAGUGUCCAGAUCCUCCAAAAACAGAUCUGUCAAGAGAAUCCAUCCCAUUAAAUGACCUAAAGUCAGAAGUAUCACCCCGGAUUUCAGCAGAGGACCUCAUCGACUUGUGUGAGCUCACAGUGACAGGCCACUUCAAAACACCCACCAAGAAAACAAAGUCCAGUAAACCAAAACUCCUCAUAGUUGAUAUCCGGAAUAGUGAAGAUUUUAUUCGGGGUCACCUCUCAGGCAGCAUCAACCUUCCAUUCAGUGCUGCAUUCACUGCAGAAGGGGAGCUUACCCAAGGCCCUUACACCUCUGUGCUCCAGAGCUUCAAAGGGAAGGUCAUUGUUAUCGUGGGGCAUGUGGCAAAGCACACAGCAGAGUUUGCAGCUCAUCUUGUGAAGAUGAAAUAUCCAAGAAUCUGUAUUCUAGAUGGUGGCAUUAAUAAGAUUAAGCCAACGGGCCUCCUCACUGUUCCAUCUCCUCAAAUAUGAAGAAUCAAGGUUGUGACUAUCAAAAGGACCAAGAGGCAUCAGCCCACAACAGCUCAGCUUUUCACAUCCUGGCUAUGCUAAGGGAGGGCUGGCUGUCCUGACUGUUGCAAUUCCAUAAAGUUUUGUCAUGAGACACUUCUUAAAUCUCAUGACCCAAAUGUUCAGCUCUCCAGACAACAAACUUGACUGUACAUGUAUUGCUGAAAGAAUUUUCUUAGCAGUGAAAUCCAAUCAUGUAUUUUUACCCACUGUGACACAAAGCCAGAGGAAUUCAGCUGACAAGGCAGAUAUAACAUUAUCAAGGAAUCUCAGCUGUCCUCCACUGCACUGAACAGAGAAUCCUAAACAAAGGUAUUAUUUAGAAUAUAGACUAAAUGUGGGCUGAAAUCAUCUGUGCAUGAUAAUGAAAAGUGAAAAGCUAUUCACGAUACAUUCCUUAUAAGUAAAUGCUACAUUAAGUAACUCACUUUUGGCCCAGACACGUUGUGUGUGUCUGUGUGUGUGUGUGUGUGUGUGUGUGUGUAUGUGUAGAUGAAGAAGAAUUUAGUCCACUGAAGAAAGUAAUAAUAGUUUACUUUCAGAAAAAGAAUUUAGAAACUAUUCAUAUUAGAAUAUUUGUUUAGUUCCUAUAGUAGAGAAACCCAAAAUCAGAGUACAUUAAACAAACUAGAACCUGACUUCUCUCUCAUAUAAAAGUCUGCACAGUCAGUCUAAGGCUAGUAUACUGAUUCAUAAUAAGAACUCAGAUAUCAUCUUAUUGCCUUUCCACCUUCAACAUGUGGUUUCUAUUCCAUGGAUCAAGAUGGCUGCUGAGCAGCCACCACCACAUCUGCAAUUUAGAAGGAAAGGAAUGAUGGAGAAGGGAGGGGAAAAAAAAGGGAAGAAGAGAACAAAGGAGGGAGGAAAAAAGAAAAAAAAGGACAAGGGAGGGUGUGCUCCUCCUUUUUAAGGGCACAAACAAGAAGUUGCACAUAUUCUGCUUCCACACGACUGGCCAGAACUUAGACAUGUGGCCACACUUCGCUUUAAGAAAAUGGAGAAUAUAGUCUUUGGCUGAUCAGCCACUGGCCCAGCAGAAAAAAAAAAUCUUAUUACUAUGUGGAAAGAGGAGAACACAUACCAAAGGUCAGCUAGCAGCCUCUGCCACCUUACUGUAAAGAUUAAGUGCUGUACUUCGUUCAGUCUAAGACAUACCACAAUUUUAUAUACCAUGAAGAAAGAAAAAAUGUAGCCAAGUAAACUGUGACGCACCAUCAAUUAUAAGAUGCAUUCCCAUUUCAGAAAUGUGAAAAAACAUGCAUCGGAGUUAUUGAAAUACAGUACAUCUUUUGACUAUCUUCAUUUUCAUUUUAACUAAAAAGUUUUUUCAUAUUUAACUUAUAUUCCUCUUCAGAGUUCAGACUACCUAUGUAGAACCCUUCAAUAAGAGUCUCAAUUCAACUUUCUGGGCUAUGGCUUUAUUGUUGCUGUUUGUUUUGGUUUUUCAUCUAUUUUUUUUAUUGAGAUAUAAUUUACAUACCAUAAAAUUCACCCCUUUAAAAUGUAGAAUUUCAGUGGUUUUAGUAUAUCCACAAAAUUGUGCAGUUGAGAAUAUUUUCAUCACCCAAAAAAGAAAUCUUGUACCUAUUAGUAGUCAUUCCUCAUUAGCCCCACUCCCAGGACUUUGAUUUCAUUUUUGUAUGUGGCAUGAGAUAAUAUCCAAUUCCAUUCUUGCAUCUACGUAUCAAGUAGUGUUAGGUGCCAUGUCAUUUUGUUUGUUAAUUUAUAUUGUUAAAUUAUAUUCAUUCACCAAAUAUAUUUUGGAUACCUAUUAUGUGCAAGACACUGACAUGAUCAAUGAUUAUAUUAUUCUAUGGCCCUUAUGUAAAACGCAAAGAAAAAACAUGAGAAUUAAUGAAAGAAAAUUUUACCACAGUUUCUCUAACAUCAUUUUCGGGCCAACGUCUACCCUGAAUAUCAUUAAAUUCUCCUGUCCUUUCCUUCAGUCUUUGAUGACUUAUCUUGACUAUAGUCAUAAUGAUCAUUUGGAGUGGUUCUGAGCCUUAACUUUGCCUUAGUGAGAAAGCAGAGAAGGACAAAGGGGUGGAGAUUUGAGUCAGAAGGGGUCGCAGGUAGUGGGUAGAGAUGAGGACCUGAGUGCUGUGCUCCUUUAAGGUCAGAGACCGUAAUUUAUACCUCCUGGUAUAUUCAGCAACAGGAGAUGCUUAAUAAAUGUAAAAUUGAAUUGAAUCUCCAGAUUAGUGAUUUUCAAAUCUAUAUGAAUAGAGAAAAAAACAUUUUUUUUCAAGUGCCAAAUUUAUCUAGCAUCUGAUGAUAUAUAAAUAAAUUGAAAUCUCAGUCCUCUGACUGAAGAAAAGAUCUCCUUCCACCCAGACCUAAAACUCUGUAAUCCUAGAAAUUGGAACAGAUAACUUCCAACAGUUAGGUAAGCUAAGUUGUUGCAUCCCUUUCCAAAACAUAGAAAUACUAGAUUUAAAAAGAAUAUUAAAACUGUCUAAUACUUAAACAAAAAUUUCUUCAUAUCAGAUAGGAAGAGGAACUGACACUAUCAGGCCCAUUAGAUAUCAGAUGUCCACAUAGGCCCUAGGAACUGAGGUUUUAACAUGUGCAUGGGGAUAGAAGACACAACCCUGGGCCUUCUGGAAGAGAGUUGGUAUUACAAAGUGAGUCUCAGAGAUCUCUGCUCCAUGAAGUGACUAGAAAUAACUACCCACCAAGUCAGGGAAGCUACAGGGGAGAUUGUCAUGGCCUGGUAUUCUGGAUGAAGGAAGACAAAUCUCCUUUUGAAGACAGACAGGUGUUCAAUGGAAAGGCUGGGUGGGGUGAGUCCCCAGAUUGCAGGCUUUAAGGCAUGAGUUCAUCAGACUAUUUAAAAAUGAUAAUGAAUUAUAUCAAACUUUUAGAAAGCACAGAUGGCACCACAUCUUUUUUCUACUCCUCUGUUUCCUCCUCCAAAUGGUUACAAAAAAAAUACUCCUUUAGACAUUAAUAUCAUAAGUAUGGUACAGCUUCUCAAAAGGAUCUUGUGCAGAAGUCUCAUCUGGUGAGACCGACUAUGAGGAGACGAGAUUGCUGCCCUGCCUGCUGAGGGGUCAGAGUCAGGGAAAGUCACCUCAUCCAUAUACAUGAUGGCCUACAUAUACCCAUUGUUAACCAAGUGAUGCAUUUUUCUUGAUAAACAUGGAUUAAGCCAAAGAGUGGGAGUAAAAUGAUAAUAGUUAUGAUAGAUUUAUGUUUGGAUGUUCAGUCUCAAGACCAAAUACCCUUCACAACUUAGAUUUUAUGUGGAAAAGUAACAGGGAAGUAUUACAACCUUAACUGUCAGACACCAGACACUCAGCAUAGGCAAUUGCUCACACACAGACUUUAGGUUUUAGAAUCCAAUUUUCUCUCAUUCAGUAUUAGAAAUAGUACACAUUGGAAAUUAACUAUUGUAAGAGUAAGCCAUAUUUUUUUAAGUUCCUGUAUUUAUAUCUUUUCUGAGUAGUUUUCUUAUUAAUAUCUUAUGAUAGGUGCUUGUCACAUGGAAACUAAACUUGGAUCUUGGCGAAUUCAUUGUUCUAUAGAUAGAUUGAUAUUUGUAGCUCCUACAGUGACCUACAGGCCUGUCUCCUCUUGGAUUGAUGUUCCUUAAUAUCCUUUCUCAUCCCUCUCAGAGGACCUGUUUUUUGUUUGCAUUGUCUACAGCAUUUCAAUAAUACUGUUCUGUUCUAAUGUUCACUGUGACCAAUAAACGAUGCAUAGAUGACUACCAAGG